UUACUUUGGCUAUGAUCAUUUUUAUUAUUGUUCGUUCCAUGGGAAAAAUCUUGUAGCCUAUUACACAAUGUGCUACGUCAUUGUGACAUCGCGGACGCUGUUGUGGACGCUGUUGACAAUAGCGACUUUUUUAGCUAUGGUAGCGGCAGUGAUUACACCCAGUUGGCUAAUUGGGUCACCCAGAAAACCUGGCUUAAGGUCAAGAUUUCAGACAGACAUGAACAAAGGCGAAAUGUAUUCUCCAACAUUAGGUAUAUAUAACCGUUGCACCAAGCUUCACAAAGUGGAUCAGCUAUUCACUGAUAGCUGUGCACCAUUUGUAACAAGCUUCGGGAUGCCUUCGAAUGAGUUUCCCAACUUUUGGAAAGCAGCACUGGUGUUUUUUGCCUUUGGAAUAGCAUUAAUAGUGCUCACAGUGUUUACAUCAGUGCUGGGAUGUUGCAUUCGUAGUAUUGUGAAGAAGAGCAUUUUCACCAUUUCGGGAACAAUACAGGCUAUUGCAGGCCUCUUAUUCAUCCUGGGGCUAGUUCUUUAUCCGGCCGGUUGGGGUAGUACACGUGUCCAGCUUGUCUGUGGAGAAAAUUCACAUCCGUUUUUGUUGGGAGAUUGUAGACUGGGAUGGGCAUUUUAUCUGGCCAUUGGAAGCACGAUCAUGACCUGCGUCUGUUCUGUUUUAUCAAUUCAGGCAGAAGUUUCCACGUCUUCUGACAAAGUACAGGACGAGAUCCUUGAAGGAAAGAACUUGAUUUGUGUGUUAUAGUAUGCUACAAUGUUUGUCUCUUUUGUUUGCUUAUGUGGUUAAUGAAAAUGUUCAAUGAAUUAAACGUGUGAUAAGUGGUGGCAGGUGGCAAUAUAUAUCGGUGGAAAAUGAUAAUUUAGACAAAACAUUUAACUGUUAAAUAACAAUAAUUUUGUGUUCAUAUUAUGUCGGUUAGUUUAAUUAUAAACUAAUUAUUGUAUUUGGUAUACGGAAUAAAUAAAUGGUAACAAGGGUGUUCGAGGUGGAAACAGUAUUCAAAUAUUUUAAAGUUUAAUCUUUGUAAUGUUUUUGAUUAAUAGUUUGAAAUUAAUACUUUAAAGAUAGCGUUACAUUAUCUAUAAUAGAUUCCACGUUCUAUUUACGUUCUUUUGUAUAUUGGGUAUCUCGUCGAUAUUAACAUCUCGUGAAUUGUUGGAAUGCUAAAUCAAGAAAUAUAUUUCUGUCUGAAAUGGAAAUUUAGAAUAUAUACAUGCACGUGUGUUUAAAACCAAAACCAAAACAAAAGGCUUUUAAAUUGUGUUUUUCUAACUUGUUUUAUGUCACCGAGUGUGAUUUGAUGAAGCAUUAUUAUCUUCAUCUCAUUUUCUGAAGUAUGCUAUUCAUUUGAAUAGAACAAACAUAUAUUUCAUAUUAGAAAAUACUUUAUAUGGUGGCUUAAACUGUGUGGAAUUUCUGAUGUUAAAAAAAAAAAAGUUCUUCGCUUUGCGUAUAUUGUUUCUGAAAUUCCUGAAGGCAAACAAAUGUACUCUGUGUAAUACAUGCAACUGUAUCCCAUAUAAAAAAAAAAA